AUGACCAAUAUUCUGCCCCAGAUUCCGUUGCUGAACCCCGACGGUGGACAACACAAUUGUGGACAGUGCACAGAGCCGUCAGAGAGCCAAAGCACCAUUUGCGCCACCGAUGGACGAUCGUACACUCAGUGCGAGCUCACCCAAGCGCAGUGUCUAGGCUACCGAGUCCGAGAGGCUCACGCGGGGAAAUGUUCCGGUAAACGUUGUCUGGCGCAGCAGGCCCAAGCGAGGACCCAAAACGAUCUUUUCAUUCCCGACUGCAACCCAGACGGUAGCUUCAAGCCCAUACAAUGCCACAAUGAGACCAAUCACUGUUGGUGUGUCGACACAGAGGGAAAGAUUUUGGCGGGAUCUACGGUGUACAACCGGCAGCCAAAUUGCAAAAGAUUCGCCUGCACCCCAGGUGAGCGGGCAACGUUCACCACGAAUCUCGCCAACGCUAUCCUGAAAGAACUGACCUUUUCUAGCUCGGUAGCGGAAGCCACGCUGUCCAAAGCGGCAGAGCGAAAAUUCAGGCAGCUGGACCGGAACCAAGAUCUAUACUUGGAUCCCAUGGAGUACCGAGAUUUCAAACGAUUGCUGAAACGAAUUAUCACGCCGAAAUCGUGCGCUAGGAUUUUUCUCAGACUGACCGACUCAGACGGCGAUGAACACAUCUCAUUCAAAGAGUGGAAUUACUCUCUAGGAGUCGACGAAGCGUCUGAAAAGGAGCAUGCGUCCAACACGGACGAGGUCGCGACUAUUCCGAGUUUCACCGACGAAAGCGAAGAACUCCUAGAGUCUGAAACUACGGAGGAAACCACCCGUGAAACGGAAGAUUGCAACACCGCUCGUCAGAUUGCAACGGAGAGGCUCAAAUCGGGGAACACCUACGUUCCAGCGUGCACAGCUGAAAAUACCUAUAAAGAGCAGCAGUGCCAUCUAGAAGUUUGUUGGUGUGUCGCCCCGAAAACGGGGAAACCAAUCCAAGGUACAACCCACAACAAAACCAUGGUGUCGGAUUGCAGCAGCGCGAAACUCAAGGCCAAAACCUCGAGAGGAUGUCCCGAAAAAAAGAAGCAAUUCUCCCAGAACUUGAUCUCCCUCUUUUACGCCCAGAAAUAUCCCGGAAUAGCUUUCGAACAGGCCAGGCAACGCACGAACAUCUCCUCGGUCCGUAAUGAGACAUUAUUGUGGAAAUUCACAUCGUUGGACUUGAAUAAGAACGGGCGUCUCGAACGCGACGAGUGGAAGAUCUUCAGGCGGGAGUGGAAAAACGCCGCUGCGCUCAACUCGAACAUCAAACGUCAACAACGGAAGUGCUGGCGGAACAUGAUCAAGUUCUGCGAUGAAAAUGAGGACAAAGUCGUGCUGAGGGACGAGUGGCUGCAGUGUUCGGGUCAGACCACUCUUCAAGUUACAGAUAAGAAUUCAACGGACCGUAAGGGCAAGAAUCCGUUCGUGGACAUUCUGAAGAGCUAGUUAGUCGAUUUGUAGGGCUCGCGCCGAAUGUAAUCCUUGUCAAAUCAUCAUGCUUUGUAUGUACACUGAGUAUUCCCUGUAUGUAUUACCGAGGGGGAAGAGCACUUCGACCGACUGCUAGAGAUUAGGUGAUUCCUCCCUGUUCCCAGAAUUUGGAUUUCGUGAGCUCGACUCAAUUUCCCCCAGCUGAGACCUUUUUCGAGAUCUGCCUCGAAUUUCUCGCGGGUCGUCGCGUG